CAGAGCAUCACCCUCACGCAGCUCCGCCAAAAUGUUCUCCUCCCUCGCGCUCCGUACGCUACGGACCCUCGUCCAGCGUCCUACUACCACCAUCGGCUUCAAGCGCAACUGCUCCACCACCACCACCAGCAUUCCCACCCGCCGACCCUUCCAGCCCGUCCUCCGCACGUCCAAGCCCUCCGUGACGCUCGCCAUCCGCCAAUUCUCGACUUCGCCGUUCCGCCAAGCAACCUACAACCAAGUCCGGCGCGGGUGUAGAAUUGCGCAGAGGGCGCGUCGCUCUCGGUCUCCGGCGCUGAUUGGUCGGUCUCAGAUGAAGGGCGUUUGUCUGAAGACGGGUAUUACGAAACCGAAGAAGCCGAACUCUGGGGAGAGAAAGACGGCCAGAGUUAGGUUGAGUAGCGGGAAGGUGGUUACCGCUUAUAUUCCUGGUGAAGGUCACAAUAUCCAGCAGCACAGUGUUGUCAUGGUCCGUGGUGGUCGUGUGCCCGAUUGUCCUGGUGUGAAGUACCAUUUGGUUAGAGGUGCUAUGGAUUUGGGUGGUGUUGCCAGCCGGUUGAAUAGUCGGUCCAAGUAUGGUACCAAGAAGCCCAAGAAGGACUGAGUGAGGAUUCACGCUGGUGAUGGUGGAGCUUGUUAAGAUAUGCUGUCGUAAUUCUGUUUUAUGUAUCGUUUACCUUGUUCCUUGACGGAUCGUUGUUAUCAUUAGAAACGGCUAUGUACAUUUAUGAGGCUUUCCGGGCUACAGAGCACGAUCCUUCCCAUACCCAGUACAUCUGCACCGCACCUCGGUACCCUGAAAUAACUGAAAGAUGAGUACGCCAGCUCGACAAUCUUAUUAACACAUGACACCUGCCGGAAAUCAAGAAU